AUGCUCGAUCAAAACAUUGCAAUUAGCGCAUCAGUUGAACUUAGCACAUCACUAAAUAGCGCUUUAGGAUGGAAGCAAGGUGAUGAAGAUUCCAAAUGGGCUCAAAAGGCAAUAGAAACCCUCGUUAAAAAGCUCAAAAAACGAAAAGGACUUUUAGAAAGGCUGCAAUAUGCACUUUCUCAUCCUAGUGAAAUAACUGAAUGCGUCUCGCAUCGCAAGGGAUUCCCCCAUGUUAUUUACUGUCGAGUUUGGCGUUGGCCGGACUUGCAAAGCCACCAUGAACUCAAGCCUUUAGAAUGCUGCAAACUUCCCUUUACAUCUAAAGAAAAAGAAGUUUGUAUCAACCCCUACCAUUACCGGAGAGUAGAAUAUCCUGUUUUGCCCCCUGUACUCGUUCCAAGACAUAAUGAGUAUCCAAAAGCCGAAGACCGUCAGCGUAGUCAAGAUUUUUCGGAUUGUCCCGGUUACAAUGAUUGCAGGAAUUUUGGAGAAUUUCAAUCAAUUAGUUAUCAAGAACCACGCUUUUGGUGUUCGGUUGUCUACUACGAAUUGAAUACCCGAGUUGGCGAGGCUUUUUUUGCUUCCGUUCCCAGUGUAAUCAUUGAUGGAUUUACGAACCCUUCCAAAGUUUCAGGGCGCUUUUGUCUUGGGCUAUUAUCCAAUAUCAAUCGUACCCCUACUACAGAAAAUGCCAGAAAGCAGAUAGGCAAAGGUAAUAACUUCUAUCUUUACACUUUAUAG